GUCAUGCAAUUUAAAUUUAGGAUUUGUCUAUUUUGUGUAUUUGGUUAACAAAGCUUUAAUCUUUCAUGUUGAAGUUCAAGUAAGGAAAUUAUGCUGUGUUAACAAAGCUAUGCCAACCCUACCCAUUAAUAGUGAGGACGCUGCUCGAAGUAAGGUUGAAAUUGAGAAAGCUUUGCAGAUAUUUAGAGACUUAUUGUUAUCUAAGUGUUUUGUUGAAAUCCACACCCCAAAACUAUUAGCAGGCAAUAGUGAAGGUGGUUCUACAGUUUUUGAGCUUGACUACAAAAGACAACCAGCAUGCCUGGCUCAAUCUCCUCAACUUCACAAGCAAAUGUCAAUUUGUGGUGAUUUUGGAAGGGUUGUCAGGAUUUUUCUUUAUUUCAGAGCAGAGGACUCCUAUACGCAUAGGCAUUUGUGUGAAUUUGCUGGUCUUGAUGUUGAAAUGGAGAUUAAGAAAAACUACUCUGGGGCACACUUGGUUGCUAAGGGUUUUACACAAGAGUAUGGAAUAGAUUAUGAGGAAACAUUUGCUUUAGUUGCUCGUCUCAUAUCUGUGCGCAGUUUGCUUGCUAUCGUUGCUAUACAAAGAUGGAAAUUGUUUCAGAUGGAUGUGAAAAAUGCUUUUCUUAAUGGUGACCUAGAAGAAGAAGUUUAUAUGAAACCACCUUCUUGACUUAACCAUCUUCCAAACAAGGGAUGUCGAUUGCAAUGUGCAUUAUAUGGGUUGAAGCAAUCCGCUCGAGCCUGGUAUACAAAGUUGAGUGCUACUAUGAGUGAGUUUGGUUUUACUUUCAGUUCACAUGAUACUACUUUGUUCAUUCAUAAGACUGCUUAGGGUAUGGUUCUUUACUUCUUUAUGUUGACGACAUGAUUAUUACUGGAGAUGAUGUCAUAGGUGUUGAGGAGCUAAAACCAUCUCUCAGUUAGAAAUUUGAGAUGAAAGAUUUUGGUGUUUUAAGCUAUUUUUUGGGGCUUGAAGUCACCUCUUCAAAUCAUGGCUACUUGCUUUCUCAAGUAAAGUAUGCCUUUGAUC